AUGGGGCGACACAUAUGGUCGAGCUUUGCGCAGCUUUGCAACGAAGUCGCGCAAUGGGACGACCAAUCUCUCCUUGCUGACACGACGGUAGUGGAAGGCCAAUUGAUGCAUCACCGUCGCAUUAGCCGUAAAUGUUCCUUCUAUGACUUGGCAUCAAUGACACUGGGAACGGAUGGUCAGCGCGAGCGACUUGAGGUGAUUCUUAAGCUCAUUGACUACAACUUGUCCUUGGACGAGGUGGACGCUAUUCGAUACCGGGUUAAACUGGGAGACAUUGUUCGCGUCCGAGGGUUCAUUGAGCGACUCAAAGACAAGCCGUCGAUUUUAGUCCAUGCGCGCGAUAUCACUGUCGUUCGUGCGUGGAAAGAGGCGAAUCCGGGAGUGACGUUUCUUCCGCUGCCAUCGGUGGUCAUUGGUUCGAGUAAACAGCAGUCUAUUGAUCGAGAAAAGAAUGAAUGCAAUGCUGGUAGCGAGGCGGUCUCAAAUUGUGGAGAGCAUAUCACGAUCGGAAGUGCAAAGAAAAGGGUGCACUGCAAGUUCUGGAUCAACUCGAACACAUGUCACAUUGGCGACAAGUGUGAGUUUUUUCAUGUCAGAAAUGCUGAACGAAAGGAAGAGCGUGCCAAGUGGCUAGUCGACCGUCUGCACCUCAAACACGUGCGAGCUCAGAUCGAUCAAGACCCUUUCGAUCCCCACGGGAAAAUCGGAAAACAGCAGCGUGCGCAAGUCUUUGUUGAGUGGCUCGUUGGGACGUUUGGUGCACCGUUUCUCGCUAGAGGAAAAGGUGUUGUCGAUAUUGCGGGUGGAAGAGGCAAUGUGUCUUUCGAGCUAUGGAAUAAGCGGAGACUGCCUUGUACACUGAUCGAACCACGUCCGAUGAAACUGUCGAAGCAACAGCAUAAAUACUUGAAGAAGCAGAAGAAGUCACGAUCGCAGAUUGGCGAAUCCCAGACGCUUCUCACCGAAUCUCUUGUUCCGCAAGUGACGGCCCUUUUCAACAUGGACACGUUUCUGACGAAACCAGAGCACGUUGAGCUGAUUAAUCAAGCGUCGCUUCUUCUUGGUGUGCACCCCGACGAGGCCACCGAAUCGAUCAUUGAUGUUGCCGUCCAAUUCAACAAGCCCUUUGCGGUAGUUCCCUGCUGUGUGUUCGGCCAAAAGUUUCCCGAUCGCCGACUCAAAGAUGGAAGCAAGGUGCUGUCGUUCGACGACUUGAUCGAGUACCUCGUUGCAAAACAUCCGAAGAUUGAAAAAACAUUCUUGCCUUUCGAUGGAAAAAACUUGGUGCUAUACCUGCGACCACCGGUAGCACGGUAA